GAGUCCCUCGCGCAUCGCUCACCAAAAGCAUGUAUUGAAUCACCAGCUCUGUAAGCGAAAGGCCAAAAUUACCCUGAGCACUCGCUGCGCCUUGGCCCUACCUCUCAUGCCUUGCCGCCGAUUCACCACAAUCCCCUCCUCCUCGCCGGUAAUCCGAGCUAUAAGGGUCUCUGCUUUCGUCCUCGGCCAUGGAUUUUGAACCAUAGAGAGAGUCUUCAAGCUCUUGGUUUUGCAUCUCUUGCGUUCUUCCUUCCUGGGUUUCGUUUCUGGGGUCACUGCGGAUUUUAUAUUCUAUUUGAGGAUUCUGAGCUGACUGUGAUCGGACUAUCUUUUAGCAAUACGGAUAUGUACGUGGUGCCUCCACCCCAGCGGUCCGAUCCCGGCUCGGGAUCCAGUGAUUUGCGGGUUUACCAAACAUGGAAAGGGAGUAAUAAAUUUUAUCUUCAGGGGAGGUUCGUAUUUGGACCGGAUGUAAGAUCACUGUUGCUGACAAUUUUCCUUAUUGUUGCUCCUGUGGCAGUUUUCUGCGUCUUUGUUGCCAGAAAACUGAUGGAUGAUUUUUCUGAUCACUGGGGGAUGGCCAUAGAGGUUGUUGCUGUUAUAUCCACAGUCUAUGUCCUAGGUCUUCUAUUCUUAACUUCUGGCAGAGACCCUGGCAUAAUUCCACGCAAUGCACAUCCUCCAGAGCCAGAAGGUCUUGAUGGCAAUUUGGAUGUUGGAGCUGGUCGAACUCCUCAAUUACAGUUCCCUCGCUUUAAAGAGGUUCAGGUCAAUGGCAAUAUUGUCAAAGUCAAGUAUUGUGAUACUUGCAUGCUCUACAGGCCUCCUCGAUGCUCACACUGCUCAAUCUGUAAUAACUGUGUAGAACGAUUUGAUCACCACUGCCCCUGGGUUGGGCAGUGUAUUGGGCUGCGUAAUUAUCGCUUCUUCUUCAUGUUCGUCUUCUCAACUACACUACUUUGUAUAUAUGUUUUUGCAUUUUGCUGCGUCUACAUUAGAAGAAUCAUGAAGUCAGAGGAGACAACAAUCUGGAAGGCAAUGAUCAAAACACCAGCCUCCAUAGUGUUAAUAAUUUACACUUUCAUAGCAAUGUGGUUUGUUGGCGGUCUUACUGCCUUCCAUUUAUAUCUUAUAAGUACAAAUCAGACUACAUAUGAGAAUUUCAGAUACAGAUAUGAUCGAAGGGCCAAUCCUUUUAACAAAGGAGUGUUGAAUAAUUUCGGAGAGAUAUUCUGCAGCAACAUUCCCCCCUCAAAGAACAAUUUCAGGGCAAUGGUCGCAAGGGAACUGGCACCACCUGCUAGAUCGGUGGGUGGGGGCUUUAUGAGCCCAAGUAUGGGAAAAGCUGGGGAGGAGGUAGAGAUGGGCAGAAAAGCUGUUUGCGGGGACAAGGGCCCUGGAAUAGAUCAUUGUGAAGGUCAAUUGAUCAAUGAUCGCUCAACUGUAAAGGAACGUGAAUUGGGAGAAUUGUCACCUGAAGUAAGGGCCACAGUGGGUGAGGGUGACCGUGUCGGAAUACAUCCUCGGCGAUCCAGCUGGGGAAGAAAAAGUGGAAGUUGGGAAAUGUCCCCCGAAGUUCUUGCUUUAGCAGCACGGGUGGGAGAGCACAAUCGCGCGGGCGGGGGUAGUAGCAGUAGUUUGACAACCCAGAACCAGCAUGCGUAGCCAUUCCGCUAAGAAUAGCCUGGCUUGUCGGCAAGAGGGGAUUUGAUUUGCCAGUGAUGAUCAGGAAGUCUUGUGAUAUAUGGUAACUCUGAUGUAAAAUCGUUGUACGUGCAAUAUGGGGUUGUAGCCAUUUGCAUGCAGGCUGCUUGUAAGUGUUGUUUUAGCCGUUGCCCUAUUAGGGGUGGAAUUGUUAGGAGUUCUGAGAGUGGUCCUUAUUUGGCCUGGUGUUAUCUUACAUUUACCGAUUUAUUAGCAAUUUGUACCUGUGAAAAUA